AUGCAGAUUACACUAUCGUUUUCGCAGACCGUGCUGGAGGAGCUGGAUUUAGGCCCAGAGGAUCUGGUUCAAGUGUGCUUACCUGCCGUGAGCAAUUGUGGCGUCCUAUGCAGGUUUCCAGUGAACCAAAAGAUACCUACGUAUCCGUCGGUUCUCUCUCGAAAAAUGCAUGACAUCGAGUGCAAGCCCAGCCUGCUGCGGCUGGCUCGUGGCCCCCUCCCUGAACCAUCUUCGACCCCUGGGUCUACAGCCCAGGAGAAAGCAAACACUGUCGAGAAACCGUUCAAGAAAGAACGAACCUCGAACACCAACACCAUGGUCGGCCAUCAGCCAAAGACCAGCGGCGGCCACCCGCUUCGCAGCUAUCGCUUGAUCAUCAACCAGCCGCAGGAACUCGAGGCGCCAAACACCAGUGGCCCCCCAAAGACCGGUGGCGGCCAUCCACCUGGAAGAUUUCGCUUGAUCACCAGCCAGCUGCAGGAACUCGAGGCGCCAAAGACCAGUGGCAGCCAUCCACCUGGAAAAACUCUCUUGGGCACCGGCCAGUUGCAGGAACUUCAGUCGGACACAGUCAAGAAAGACAGACAGCCUAAUCCUGGUAUGCCCGCGAUCGAAACAAGCAUACCUUGGAAGAUGGUGCCCAAGGUCUUAGCUCAUGAUCUUUCGCGUGACAAGAACCAACGCGGCACUGAUGACCGCAGCAGAAUGCCUGCUUGGAGCGGACAGCACAGCGGCGCUCAUGACCCCAAUCCGUUUGUGAAUGAUGGACGCCUAGACGGCAAGAACCCACCUGGCUCUGCCCUCUAUGUUCCGCCUGUGAAUGCGCCAAGUGGUGGAAACAUGAACCCUUUUGCCGGCCCUUCGGCGAAGAACCCUACUCAAAUCACCCCCAGCGACCUGACUGGAGUUCCUCUCGGGGAUACUGUUGGUACAGGAGGCACGGGGCCGUUGGGACCACAGGACUGCCCCUGGGACAACUAUGACGAGAAGUUUGCGGGCCCCAAGGUGGAGAUUCGUCGGAACAAUAUCAUCAUCACGGACCAGACUCGGCGCACCGACAGCGCUGGCAAUGACAUUUGCACUGAGAAGGGUCUCCUCACUGCUCUGCGAACUGGCACAAUGACCGAAGAGGAGGUCAAGGCUCACAUCAAGCAGCUUCAGCAGCCGAUCAUUGACGAAGCGCGCUUGAAUGUUUUCCACCGGAUGCAGGAGCCUUGCGGCGCUUGCACCGAGGCGCUUCCCACCGUCCGCACUGGUCCUGGCACCGACUUGAACGAAGAACUUUACCACAUGCUUGGUGCUGCUCGGUACGCGCAAGGAGUCGAAGCUCCUGAGGCGUGGGCUGAGAAUCCGCCCGAUAUCAUCCCCGGUUUUGGGUACGAAGAGGUCGAUCCGGACGUGAAUUGGAAGAAGGUCCGACAGGGAACCUCCCUGUUCUAUGCUCAGUGGGAUCGGUACGACGAUUCUGCGCGCGCGUGGCCCCAGCUUGUAGAGGGAAAAGUUUUGUUGACAGCUGGGCGCCCGGAAGGCAUCAUGUAUGAUCCUCUGCCCUUCCCGCAUCUCCCCCAGACUCUUGGGUUCAGCGAGAUCACCCCGGAGAACCGAGGACCAUGGAAUGCAAAUUGGAACUUCUGCCCCUCCUACAACGGUGACCGCGAGGCCUUCUUUUGCGUGUUCUGGCGCUGGCUGGAAAUGAUUCCGGAGGAGUGCCAAGUUGUUGAUAUCUAUCACACCGGUUUUUUUGAUGGCACUGCUGGCUCGGACGGAGGCUUUUCGUUGUUCAUGCAGAACAUCAAGCACCUGCCAACCCCUCGAGACAUGCAAGAUGAGCAGACUCGACUGCACUGGCACGAAACUGCCACGGGAUUCAUUCACAACUACAACUAUCAUCUCGCAAAGGAGAAGAAGGCCGAAGCAGCCAGAAAGAAGGAACGACAGGAGCAGGAGAAGGAGCGAGCUUUGGCUCGCAUCAUCGUGCAGGUUCCGAAGGCUGUUGAAGCAAAUGUGUUUCUGCGCCCUGCCGAGUUCAGCGACAUCCCUGGACUGCAAUACCUUUUCAACUGGUACAUGGAGAACUCGCCUAUUAGCCCCGAGAAGCGUCCUCUCGCAGAGGACGACAUUCGGAAUCUGAUUGAUGAUGCGCGUACCACCAUGCUGCCGUUCAUUGUCGCCGUUCAGCGCCAUUCCUACAACAACCCCAGAAAGAAGCACCGAGCUUCGACGGAGAAAAUCUUGGGCUACGCUUUCGUGAAGCAUUUCAACGAGAGCAACAGCGCCAACAGCAACAUUGGCGAGAUGCGCGUGUUCGUUGAUCACAACCACAAGAAACAGCAUAUUGGCCGCGCUCUGGUUGACCGAAUCCUGAUGACUGUGGACGUCACACACCAUGGCUCGGGAGGCCAUGAUUUCCAGCCUGGCGAACACUACCGCUCGCUGCACGCAACCCGUCCGUUUACCACCAUGAUUUGUGCCAUUGCCUAUCCGGAAGACAAGGAGGCCAACUACACCUGGACCAAGCAGUGGUUGGUUCGAGAGUUUGAUUUCCAAGUGCAGGGUGUUAUGAAACGGGCGAGACUGAAGUUGGGUGAUCUUCUUGAUGUCUGCUACGUUGUUAGACACAUGUUGGCAGUCUACACCGCCAUGGCACCAAACCCAGCCAUCCGGCGCUCCUCCGUCAAGGAGGACGACUUUGUGCUCACGCUCUCCGACGACGAAGAGACUCCUCGCUUUGACGACGAGGAAGAGGAUGGCAUUAAAGCGCCAUCGUCAAAAGAAACCAAGAAGCGCAAGCGCGAGACCACCGAAGCACCUACCAAAGCCAAGAACAAGAACAAGAAGAACAAGACCCAAUCAGCAGCCAAAGCAGUAGCCGAGACCUCAGACGUCGCUGACGAAAGCGACGAUGACGCCGGCGACGAAGAUGAGGCCUUGGAUCCGGAUUUCGAAUUCGAUGUCGGUGGCGCGACCAGUGGUGUUACGGAGGGAUUUGAUGGGUGGGGGAUUGGAGAGAGUGACAAGCAGCAACAGCAGCAGAAAAAUGGCGACAAGAAGGCUGUGGAUAUCGAUGAUAUUAUCUCGCGGAGAAGGGAGAGGAAGGAACGGCUCUCUAAGAGAAAGGACAAGAAGAUCGAGGAGGUGGAAGAGGUCGGCAGUGGCGAUGAGGAUGAUGUUGUAUCUGAUGCUGAGGAGGUUGAUUUCGAGGACGAUGAGUUGAUGGCCGAUGAUGCGUUUGGGAUGGGCGUUGAUGGUGAAGAGGAGAGUGAGGCUGAAGGGCCUGAAGUUGGUUCUGGGCCUGAAUCUGACGACGAGGAAGAAGACGAUGAUGAGGACGAUGAUGCUGCGUCCGAUAAUGAUUCCGUUGCUACCCCCGUCGGUCACCCUGAUGACAUUGGAUCAGAUCGGGGUUCGGAUGACGAGAGCGAGGUCGACGUCGAGGAGCAAGAGAAGCGCAAGGCGUUCUUCGCCCCCGAAGAGAAGACAGACGCCCAAACAGCUGCAGCAGCAGCCAAGAGCACCUUCCAAGACUUCAAUCUCUCUCGUCCUAUCCUCCGCGGGCUGGCCUCAAUCGGAUUCACCGACCCAACUCCCAUCCAGCGCAAGGCUGUCCCCGUCGCUCUUCUCGGCAAGGAUAUUGUCGGUAGCGCCGUGACAGGAUCCGGAAAGACGGCCGCAUUCAUGGUCCCAAUCCUGGAGCGACUGCUCUUCCGCCCUCGCAAGGUUGCCACCAGCCGUGUUGCCAUUCUGAUGCCAACGCGUGAAUUGGCUGUGCAAUGUUACAAUGUCGCCGUCAAACUGGCCACCUUUACGGACAUUACAUUCUGUCAGCUUGUUGGUGGAUUCAGUCUGCGUGAGCAGGAGAAUAUUCUCAAAAAGCGGCCUGAUGUUAUUAUUGCUACGCCUGGACGUUUUAUCGAUCACAUGCGCAAUUCCCCUAGCUUCACGGUGGAUACGCUGGAGAUUCUGGUGCUCGAUGAAGCAGACCGGAUGCUGGAGGAUGGAUUCGCGGACGAGCUGAACGAAAUUCUGACGACUAUCCCGAAGUCGCGACAGACGAUGCUUUUCUCUGCUACCAUGACCGACACGGUGGAUAAGCUCAUUCGCGUGGGCCUCAACCGACCCGUGCGGCUGAUGGUUGACGCAAAGAAGCAGACGGCCGUAACGCUAGUUCAGGAGUUUGUGCGGCUGCGACCCGGCCGCGAAGACAAACGUCUUGGGUAUCUGCUCCACCUGUGCAAGGAAAUUUACACGGGGCGUGUGAUUAUCUUCUUCCGACAGAAGAAGGAGUCGCACCGCGUUCGCAUUAUCUUCGGGCUGUUGGGCUUGAAAGCAGCCGAGUUGCACGGUAGCCUGAGCCAGGAACAGCGUAUCAAAAGCGUGGAGAACUUCCGGGAUGGCAAGGUCGCCUUCCUCCUGGCAACCGACCUGGCGUCGCGUGGUCUGGAUAUCAAGGGCGUGGAAACGGUCAUCAACUACGAAGCCCCGCAGAGCCAUGAGAUCUACGUGCACAGAGUCGGUCGUACCGCGCGUGCGGGCCGGUCCGGUCGCGCAUGCACUAUCGCCGCCGAGCCCGAUCGCAAGGUCGUCAAGGCGGCCGUGAAAUCGGGCAAAGCGCAGGGCGCCAAGAUCGUCAGCCGGGUCGUGGACCUGGCCGUGGCCGAUGACUGGGCCCAGAAAGCGGAGGAUCUGGCGGAUGAAGUCGAGGAAAUCCUGCAGGAAGAAAAGACUGAGAAGCAGCUCUCACAGGCGGAGAUGCAGGUGACCAAGGGCGAGAACCUGAUCAAGCACGGCAACGAGAUCAUGGCGCGGCCGAAGCGGACGUGGUUCGAGACGGAGCGGGACAAGCGCGCGUCGCGUAAGCUGGGUGCCGAGGCGCUCAAUGGGCCCAAUGCGCGCAGUAAGAAGGAUAAGGGGAAAUUGAGCAAUAAGGACAAGAAGCGGCUGGAUGACAUGAAGGAGAGGCACGAGGGCACCAUGGGGUGGAAGAAGGGGAAGAAUGAGCGCGAGAGCAAGGAGGUGAAGGGGAAAAAGAAGGGCAAAAAGGGUGGCAAGAAAUAA